AUGGUAGGAGCUGUAGAGCUGCAGACUGAUAUCAAUGUUUCGAAUCCCACGGCGAAAAACUCACCGGAAGUAAACACCGAAACCGACAAGAAGACAUCCUUAAUAAUCCCCUGCAUUAGACAAUACAAAUGGUGGAUCCAAAUGAUAAUCUACUCGUUUUUCGUCCUCGCCGGACAAUCCGUGGGCACUAUCUUGGGCCGUCUAUAUUUCGACAAUGGCGGUAAAAGUGAAUGGAUGGCCACAUUAGUCCAAGUCAUCGGCUUCCCGAUUCUCAUCCCUUUCCAAUGGCUCACAUCCGAGAAAAAAUGCAACAACCAAACUCGAACGAACACGGUUAAAAAACCGUUCCCUUUAACCUUAGCCACAUUUUACGUAGCAAUCGGCAUUUUUUUAGCUGCCGAUUGCUUGCUUUACUCGAUCGGCCUUCAAUAUCUCCCGGUCACAACCUAUACUCUAAUAUGUGCUAGCCAGUUGGGUUUCAAUGCCCUUUUCUCGUACUUCCUCAACAAACAAAAAUUCACUCCUUACAUUGUGAAUUCCUUGGUUUUGCUAACAAUUUCAUCUGUGCUCCUCGUUUUUCAAACCGAGCCCGGAGACUCAAACAAAGCCUCGGAAAAAAAGUACGCGAUCGGGUUUUUAUGCACGUUGGGUGGCUCGGCCGGGUACGCGCUAAUGCUUUCCCUCACGCAGCUCGCGUUUCAUAAGAUCAUCAAGAAAGAGACGAUCAAUGCAGUAAUCGAGCUGACGAUUUAUGAGAAUAUGGUGGCGAGUUUUGUGGUGAUAAUCGGGGUUUUCGCGAGUGGGGAUUGGGAGAAGCUGGGUCGGGAGAUGAGGGGAUAUAAAUCGGGAGAGGUUUCGUAUGUGAUGAACUUGGUUGGGACUUCGGUUUGUUGGGUUACGUUUGGAGUGGGCUGUGUUGGGCUGGUUUUCAAGGUCUCGUCGUUGUUUUCGAACGUGAUUAGUAUUUUGGGCCUGCCCGUGGCCCCGGUGCUAGCUGUGAUUUUCUUGAAGGAUAAGAUGACGGGCUUGAAGUCCGUGGCUAUGUUGCUCGCCGUGUGGGGGUUCGUUUCGUAUGUUUAUCAACAUUACUUGGAUGAUUUGAAGAUGAAGGAGGAGAAAAGCAGAUUGGAUUGUGAGCAAGCUGCAAAAGUUGGUCUUGUUGCUGAGGAAUGA